AUGAAACGCGAUCUCAUGGGCUUGAUCUGCGUUGUGGAAUCGUCGUUCCAGUUGUUCAUGUCAAUCUUGGUGAUGCAGCUAGUAAAUGGGCUGGGAGCAUGGAGUAGUUGUGGAUAUUCGCUCCAACUUGGGCCAACGCGCAGACGUACUUUUGCUAGAACUACCACGACUCAACUUUGUAGGGCCAGUACAUACUCAGCAGUACUCAGAGAAAUUGGCAGAGAUCACUUGAAAAAAGCUCUAGAAAGUGGACAACCAUUGCCAUUCAUAAGUCGCCGAGCGAUUCGUCGAGACAGAUUCCAGAUCACAUUAAAUGGAAAUGUAUCAGUGUGUAUUGUUCCUAGUACCGGAGUAGUAACGGUGCAGGAGCGCGGAUUUCGAACAAGAAGAACAGGAAGCGUCGGACUUGGAGGAAUCGGAUCCAAGGCUUCACGCGAAAAGAGCAAGUGGACCGCAUUCACCGACUUUUUCACUACAUCAAAGAAAGGAAAAGAUGACUCAGUUGAAGGAUGGAAUCAGUAUGAUUCCGAAUUAAAGAAACUUCCUGAAGCGCAGCAAAAAACUUAUACUGACGGUUUUGUGAAGGGAUUGCUUGCAUCUAAAAAUACUACUACAUCUACACCAAAGAAGUCAAGCACCCUUACUCGUUUCUACAUUUUUCUUGCUGCGUGCAUUUUUAUAGGAUAUCUAACUGGCGCAAUUCGUGUUCGAAUAGGCGACCGCCAAUUUGGAUCGUUGUUCUUUUCGAAUCCACAGGAAGUGAAACCAGAAGAUGUGCAAGUGACAUUCGAUGACGUAAGAGGGAUGGAUGAAGCAAAGCAGGAAGUGGAAGAGAUCGUAUCAUAUCUUCGAGAUCCAGAGAAAUAUUCUAGACUUGGUGGUCGUCUUCCCAAAGGAGUUCUUCUAGUUGGACCACCAGGAACGGGAAAAACACUUCUAGCCAGAGCUAUCGCAGGAGAGGCACAAGUACCGUUCUUCCAUACUGCAGGAUCAGAGUUCGACGAGGUUUUGGUAGGUCAGGGAGCGCGGAGAGUACGAGAUUUGUUUGAAAAGGCUAAGGCAAGGGCUCCUUGUAUAAUAUUUAUUGACGAAAUUGAUAGUGUUGGAUCAAAGCGAGUUUCAAACAGUUUGCAUCCAUAUGCUAAUCAGACCAUCAACCAGUUACUAAGCGAAAUGGAUGGCUUCAAUAGAAAUGAAGGUGUUAUUGUGAUUGCAGCUACGAAUCGCGUAGAUGAUUUAGAUAAGGCUUUGCUCCGCCCUGGCCGAUUUGAUGUACGAAUUACAGUUCCGAAACCUGAUCUUGCUGGUAGAACCGAUAUUUUCAAUUUCUACCUGCAAAGAAUUGUUCACUCCCCGUUGAUAGAUCCGAGAACGUUAGCCAAGGGUUCUACUGGGUUUACUGGCGCGGAUAUUGAAAAUAUGGUAAACCAAGCUGCUCUAAAAGCUGCUACAGAAUCCGCACCGGAAGUGACGAUGCAACAUCUGGACGAAGCCAGAGACAGAGUGUUGAUGGGACCAGCUCGAACUGGUGGUCGAAUACCUGAUGAAGAGGCGAACAGGAAUACCGCGUAUCAUGAAGCUGGGCAUACAUUGGUUUCACUCUACACGAAACAUGCCACACCUCUACAUAAGGUGACGAUCAUUCCUCGCGGGCAGUCUCUUGGCCACACAGCUACUUUACCUGAGAAAGACGAAUACCAGAUGACAAAGAGUCAACUUCUUGCUGCUCUUGAUGUAAUGAUGGGAGGGCGUGUAGCUGAAGAAUUGAUUUUUGGAGAUGAUAUGGUCACGACAGGGGCGGCUGACGAUUUAAGGAAAGCGUCGCAGCUGGCUUCGCAGAUGGUGAAAGUUUUUGGAAUGAGUGACAAGGUUGGGCUGCGAGAUUUCACCGCAGAAGACAAUUCAUCGACAUCCCUCGUGAAAAUCAGUGAUUUGAGUCCGCAAACGGCAGAAGCGAUCGAUAAAGAAAUCAACCAAGUGCUUCAAGAUAGUUAUCAACGUGCAAAAGAUAUUCUUUCGAAGCAUAAGAAAGAGCACCAGCUCCUCGCUGAAGCUCUACUGGAGUACGAAACCCUUUCAGCAGAAGAAGUGAGGCAAGUUAUCUCUGGGAGGAAAAUUAAGCGUCCAACACCGGCAGCAGUGAAAAGGAGCAACGAGAACCGUCCACCGAACCCUCUUGUUCAUAUUCAUAUUCUGGAAGAAGGGAGGAAAUGA